AUGGCGGUACGUCUCGAAACAUUCUCUCCAUAUCGCUUCCAUUGUCACAUGCAUAUUCUUAAGCACACCAUUCACCUUCUGUUUUCUCAACGUGCCUAUCUUUUCUCGCACAUCGUCAUCCCUCAUCGUAGGCUCAAGGAAAGGAUGCUGAAGGAGCGCUUUGGAGAUUGGAAAACUUCUUUCCGCUACAUUCCUCGGGUGUUGGAACGGUUCAGAGAGAUUGACCCUGAUUCAACGCUCGACCUUGUGACGAAGGAUCACGCUUUCUUCCGGGCUUUUGCCGCCCCAUCGGCAUCAAAAACUGCUCUAAGGUUCUGCCGACCGGUCAUUGGCAUGGAUGGUACAUUUCUCAUUCGGGCGCAGCGGGCUACGCUCUUGGUUGCGGCUGCUAAAGAUGGAAAUAACCAGCUUGUUCCACUCGCUUUCGGUCUAUGCGAGAGCGAGAAUAAAGACAGUUGGAAGUGGUUUUGUGAGAAGUUGUUGACGCAUUUUCCUUCGUGGCCGGCUACCCACGAUGCCUCCCUUAUCAGUGAUCGUGAUAAAGGGUUAAUACCGACGGUUAAAGAAGUGUUCCCAUCCCAGUUCCCCCACUACUUUUGCAGCUGGCAUUUGGAGCAGAAUGUGCUGAAGUUUGGCCCUAACGCCUCUGAACUCUUCAAGAAGCUCGCAAACUGCCGCACAAAGCGGAAGUUUGGCAAACUCACGGGGAGCCGACCAGCGUGCAAGGGAGCCAGAGGGCGGGGAUGGGUUACGGAGCCGGACGGGUGCGGCACAACGAGCCAGAAUGGCAAGGAUGGAAGUGCGGCGGCAAAGGAGGAGUGGUCGCAGGGGAGACCAGCAGACACCAUCUCGGCAGCCACCAUCUCAGCAGCCACCAUCUCAGCAUCCACCAACUCAGCAGCCACCAUAUCAGCAGCCACCAUAUCAGCAGCCACCACUUCAUCAGCAACCAUCCCAGCAGCCAUCAUCUCAGCAGCAGCCAUCUCAGCAGCCACCAUCUCAGCAGCCCCAUAG